UUCUUUCAGGUGUCGAUCGAUGUUGCGGCCUGCAGGAAAUGGCUUCAUGAUGAUUUUUGUCUCUUCUCUCCUUUCCGAUCUCGACGAACAUCUUCCAGAAUAGCCAUUCCCCUCUGUUACUCCCCCCGGGUCCUUCUUUGUAGAUCCUUGAGGACGCGCCUAGUUUCCCCCUCCCGUUCCCACUUCUGUCUUGCAGUCUCAGCCCCGUAUCCUGCUCCAACAAUGGCUGCCUCCAACCCCACUACGGCGGCUCGUCCCCAGCGCCCGGUGUUGCAACAUACCUUGUCCAGCAAUUCUUUUAUCCUUGACCACCAACAGUACAAACCGGCGGUCCCCAUCAAUCAGACGAUCAGCAAUGUGCUGGAUCAGCCUAACGACGCGGCGUUGGCCUCGUUGUCGCUGAACAACUACAAUCCGGUCAGCCCCGAUCCCGAUCGCGUCACCGAGACCGGCGUCACGCAUAGUAUCUUUGGCCACCACGACAACCCUCUGCCUCACGAUACACCGCAGCUCGUCGCGACCAUCUUCUACAAGUCCUCCAACCCCAUCCACCCCCAUCUGCACCCGGAUUCCUCGCGCAAUGUGCGGUCCGGUGAUAAGCUUCCGUCCCCCAUGGUUCCCGUGGGCUCCGCCCCCACGGUAGACAUGGAGAAGAUUCCCCGGGAGCCCCCUGCGCCAGAGCCUGAACCCCUCGACCAUCUGUAUGGGCCGUUCGUCUCGCAGCUGUGCUUGACGAAUUUCCUGCAGAUCAUCGAAUCCCUCCCGACCCCCUACCAGCGCAUGAACACCUCGCACCGCUGCCUCGACAAGCACGACCAGCCUCGGGUCGUCGAAGUGACCUUUUCCCCGCCCCCGAACCCCGACUAUCUCACCUUCACCGACCUGCGCAAGCACGAGAGUAUAUGGCGCUUCGAGCGCGAGUGGAAUGUGGAGGUGGUGCUGCAGAAGGAGAGUGUAUUCCGCCGGCACAAGCGCCUGGUGGUGUUCGACAUGGACAGCACGUUGAUCCAGAACGAGGUGAUCGAUGAGAUCGCCCGGUUCAUCGGUGUCGAGAAGCAGGUUUCGGAAAUCACCGAACGAGCCAUGAACGGUGAAAUCGACUUCUCCGAAUCGCUGCGAGAGCGUGUCAGUCUGCUCAACGGCGUUCCCGCGGACGUGUUCGAGAAGCUCAAGUCGGUAUUGACCAUCUCCCCCGGUGCUCGGGAGCUCUGCAAGAGCCUGAAGAGCCUGGGUUGCAAGUUGGCCGUUUUGAGUGGAGGAUUUCAGCCGCUGGCCGAGUGGCUGGCCGGGGAGCUGGGCAUUGAUUACGCUCGCGCCAACCAUCUCGAAGUCGACCCCGUCACCCAGACCCUCACGGGUAAACUGGUCCCAACAUACCCCAUCAUUGACGCCGAACAGAAGCGCUCAAUCCUCAAGUCCCUCGCGGCGGAACACAACAUCCCCAUCUCCCAGACGGUGGCUGUCGGCGACGGUGCCAACGACCUUCUCAUGCUGCACGCUGCCGGCCUGGGCGUCGCCUGGCGGGCCAAGAGCAUGGUCCAGCUCAAAGCACCGACCCGUCUGAACGGGGAAAGCCUCCUGGACGUCCUCUACCUCAUGGGCAUGACCAAGGGUGACAUCAACGAGCUGACGAGCGACUCGACAGAUGGUCUGGCAUGACGAACGUAAGAUUGUCAGGAGUGAUCACUUGGAGACAUCGUAGCUGGGUCUUGACGGGUGAUAGACACAACCCCACCUAUACACACAUACCCAUAUAUCCCGCGACUGGUUAAGACCUACGGUUAUCUAUUUGGAAGCACAUGUUCCGUUCCCAUUCCAAUCCAAUCCAUUCUGUUCCCAGGCGAGGGGGACUCAACUGGAGAGAAACAGAGAGUGUAUUUCGCCCGGUGCGAAACCUAUCAUUCAACCCUUCUAUCUUGAUUUCCCCUUUCCUUUCCGUCCCGGCUUAUCAUCUUCUUUCUUGUCUACGGAACUCGAGACAGCAUACGUCGUUUCCUUCUCUUCCCCUUCUUCUUUUCUUUUUAUCUUCUCCUCUUAUUUCCUAUCAGCUUUUGUUUCGCUUACACCACACUACCGGAAGGAGAAGAAAGGAACCCCACAAUCGCAUCUCUGUCUCUCAUGUAGUUUACUGAACUCCAAUCGUAGGAGUAUACGCUCGAGUCGACCACACGAAUGAGUUAGAUUUGAUGGAACUGUGGACAACUCAAUGAUUGAUAUCCCAGGGGAGAGAGAGGGGAUUAUAUGUCCAGUGAAAGGGGAUCUACCAGUAGACAAUUAAUUCAUCUG